AUCGCCCGGCCUUUUGUGCGAAGCGAGCGGCGACGACGCUGGCUCGACGCUACGCUCGAAAAGCGCGGCGAGCGAGGAGGUAAAGCCUGCUUGCACCGGUCGCUGCGCGGAGUCGGCCCGCGAGGUCUCGGCUUGGAGUCGUCGAAAAAGCCGCGCCGCUCUUCACGCCACAAAAGCCGCGCGCGUGCUGGUCCGACAGCGGGCUCUAGUGUGGGUGCUCCUCCCUGUGUGGUUCACCGAGCAGACGACGCCGCGGGCUCGUUGUCGACCUCCGCUUCUCCGUUGACGCGCAACGUUUGCCGAAUUGAAGCGACGGUCCCCCUCCGGUGAUCCACUCGACUCACAAAUGCAUUGACCCGCCUCGGUUGGCGCUCGCGUUUACUGGUGUUGCGCCAGGUGAGCGAACUCCCCACGCACAUUGGGCGGCGUGGUUUGUACGAAGAUCGGUCGGCCCAAGAUUCUUACGGUGCUGGUUUUCGGGCGCGGGCUAGGUCUUACUGGUAACGCCGUUUGUGACUGACAGCGCGCUAAGACAAAGGUUCCAACACCUGUAGUGCCCGUUCCUUCCUUCUCUCUCCCGGGAGAUGGUUUUGAGACGCUGCUCGACCUGUUCCAACUGAAUCUUCGCGAGUGAUGUGUUCAGCCACGGUGUUGUGAUUGAGCAGGUGUGACUACAACGGCUUCUUCCACGUCUCCGAGUGCGGAGAAAAGCUUCUGUGCCGAAAGUGCGUGCGGUGCUUUUGAGGCAAAUUUUCUUGAAGGAUAGUAGACCGGGAGUACGCAGGAGUGACGACAGCUGAGACCCUGAGUGUUCGUCGUCGUGUCUGACGACUCGGCGCAACCAUCCUGCUCGUGUGACGUUGUAUGGCGUCCAGUCCCCGCGUGCUUCCAUCGAACGGUUCCGGCGGCAUGGUGGUCUCCAAAGGCAAGGUGCGGGCUCCUAGCCCGUCGAGGGAAGACUCGGGCAACGAUUCGGAUGGCGCCGCCGCUGCCGGGGCCAAGGGCGACGCCAGCGGUUCGUCCUACCGAAAGAGGCCAGUGCUCGAAGACUUCGAGAUGAUCAAGACGAUAGGAACGGGCACAUUCGGCCGUGUCUGUCUGUGCCGAGACCGGAGCGGGGCCUUCCACGCCAUGAAGAUCAUGGAGAUCUCCGACAUCUUCCGGCUGAAGCAGGUCGAGCACGUCAAGAACGAGAAGGCCAUCCUGCUACAAGUGCAACACCCGUUCAUCAUCCGCAUGUUCUGGACUCACCACGAUGCGACGAGCCUGUACAUGCUGUUCGAGUACGUCUCCGGAGGCGAGUUGUUCACGUACCUGCGCAACGCUGGUCGCUUCACGUCGGCCACGGGCGCCUUCUACGCGGCUGAGAUCGUGCUCGCCCUGGAGUACCUGCACCGGUUGCACAUCGUGUACCGGGACCUCAAGCCCGAGAACCUCCUGCUGGACAAAGAAGGGCACCUCAAGAUCACCGACUUUGGAUUCGCCAAGAAGCUGCAUGACAGGACGUGGACGCUGUGCGGCACGCCCGAGUACCUGGCACCCGAGAUCAUCCAGAGCAAAGGCCACAACCGUGCAGUUGACUGGUGGGCGCUGGGAGUUCUCAUCUACGAGAUGCUCGCUGGGCACCCUCCCUAUUUGGACGCCAACCCGUUCGCCAUCUACGAGAAGAUUUUGGCCGGAAGAGUGGAGUGGUCAAAGUACAUCGAUCCCAUCGCCAAAGACCUGAUAAAGAAGCUCUUGGUGAACGACCGGACGAGAAGACUUGGAAGCAUGAGGAAUGGUGCUGAAGAUGUCAAGCGGCACAGAUGGUUCAGAGGAAUGAAUUGGGACGACGUUCUCGAGAAGAAACUCAAGCCGCCCAUAGUGCCCAAAGUGUCACACGAUGGGGACACCGGCAAUUUUGACGACUACCCGGAACGGGACACCCUCAUGAAGCGGCCCACUUCGUCCUGCUCGUCGGUCAGCGAAAAGGACGCCGACACGUUCGAUGACUUCUGAAGAGCGAAUCACUGAUUCGCAAUCAAGCCCACGUUGUGGAAGCUGGUGCGAGCCUUGUUAACUCCUUCCGGUCACCGCUACGGAGGAAAAACCUUGACUCAGAAGAAAACCUCUAGUGGCCUGAGAGACUCAACGGGGCAAGGUGGUGGUCACUUCACGUAGUCACUCGCCAAGACAACAUGCGGCCGCCUCCAGCACACCGACGCACUACGUCCCGCAUCGCAGUGGUUGAGCACGAACUUGUAGCCGUGCUUCGAGACGCCGAUGUCUGCAGCUGCCUGUCACGGCUGUGCUGUGGUUUGCGUGGCUGUAGUGCACAAGCCUUCGCUGCUCUCGCUAGACGAAAGGGACCGUAGUGAAGAACAACUACUGUUACGCUCGCAUUGAUGUAGCAUGGUGUUUUGUUGUUGUUUUCUGUCUCUACUUUUACGUAAUCUUUCUCGUCUUCUCAGAUGAGGCACGACGACACUGUCAUGUUAUCGUGCUAUGCUAUUGGCACAGUGUUGAAAAACCUGAUCAUUCAUUACAGAUAAGUGCUUUACACAUGAGCAGCCACUUCGUUUUGGCCACACUGAUGUUUGCACAAACAUUGGUAUUUUCUUACUUUAAACUGCAUGGGGUCAUUUUCUCACUUGGCCAGUGACUGACCGCUGUCAGGUAUUAUGUAGAUCGCGCUUGUGAGCCGCUGCAGCGGUUAAGCUGGAUAGCGAAAAGUUACCCCCUUUGAUGACGACGAAGCAAUUACUGCGGUGUGAAUUUCAAAAAGAGCUUGGAGAAGUUAGCUGUGUGGCAAAAAUGGCUCAGAUUCUCAUGUUGUUCUAGUCACUAAAGGUUUAAAUUCUGUCCUCUAGUCUGUAUAGCGCUGUUAAAUGUUUUUCGGAGCAGUGUUAUAAUCCAGAAUAUGUAAAUGGCGGCUCUGUUGUAGACUU